AAUUUCUCUGUGUCGUAAGAAAGUUUGGUGUGGAGGUAAUUGUCUGCUGUCCCCCAGAUGAGCAGAGUCGGUGUCUUUACCACACCGGUCUUAUUGAAGAGUAGAGCCCAUUAGCAGUAGGAAGCAUGUGGAUUUUUAGAAGGUGAUACAACAUCAGGAAAGCAUAUAAAUGGAUGGGACUAUGGAUUCUAAUGGUGUAGAAGAAGAGGAGAAUGAUGACGUCAGAUUCUGGAGAUACAUUAAGGAGGGAAAUUCAUCAUUUGUUAUCGGCCAUAAGAAGAAGCACAUUGUUUAUCAGCUGUGGAAGCAAGAUGCCAAAGAUGCCUUAGAGAAGAAUUCUCGGAAAGAGGAGUGUUGGGCGAAAAUCAACUACAUCAAGAAUUGCCUUCAACCUGCCUUGGGGAGUUAUUCCAGUAUUCCAAAAUGUAUUUCGGUCAGUCCACAUUUCAUUGAUUCAGUGAGCAAGGCAUUUGAGAGUCAAAGACCAUUGAAAAGAUGCCACCAGGUCAUUGACCCCUAUCAGACGUCGGUGCUCUGCUCGCCAAACUUCUGCUUUUUAGAUAACAUUGGACAGAAAGGAAGAUCAACGCUUACUAUCGAAUUGAAGCCCAAGCGUGGUUAUAUACUCACCCAUCAUCUACCAUCUAUAGAGAUUGAAGAUCAACUAGUGUGCUUGUUUUGUAUGCAACAAAUACUGAAGAGGAAAAGAGGUGUAUGGGACUACACAAGCAAAUAUUGUCCUAUCGAUCUCUUCUCAGGAGUUCCAGAGAGAAUGAGGCAUGCACUGGAAAGCUUGUUCAAAACACCACAAAACAACUUGUGCAUCUUCAAGGAUGGUGAGAUAAUUUAUCCAAGAGAAGACAAGUCUUUACCCUCCCAGGAUGAUCAAGAAGAUAUUACCAUGGCAAUACAAAGUUGGUUUGAAUGUGAAGAGGGUUCUCUGUCUUCAGAUAAUACUCGUCCACAUGUACCUCAUACUUUCUCGAAAAGUGCAUGUAUUCAAGAUGUAAUAAGUCUUGUGAUACAGGCCCUGUGUAGAUCUGAUAACGCAUCAACAUUCCAAGAGAUCACUCAGGGGUCAUCACCAUGGAUACCAUGUCUUGAAGGUCAACAACAUGGAUUGAAUCAUGAUGAAGAAGUGAGUUCAUGCAGACUAGCCAAGGAUUGUGUCCUUGGGCGUAUCUUAACUAUGCAACGUAUGGACACCCAUGGUAUCCAUGUGAUCCACAAGGUAUACCAGAGAUACAUGGAGCAUCUUAGUCACUAUCCGGAGCAGAAGGAGGGAUUACGCAUCACUGAUCCAUGUUUAACAUCUUGCCUGACAACCAAUGUGAAGCAGAGGUUGAGUGAUGAUGAGAUAUCCAGUCUACCUAUCCAGGAGUGUGUGUCUCUUCUCAACGCCUACAUGAUGUCAAGAACAGCCAGAGACUGCUCCAUCUUGAUCACUUUCAAACCAGCUGACCCUUCUAGUACCAUGGAUGAUGACAUGGUAUCAUUGAAGGAGCAGAGAUUUCAUGUUGCAUGUAACCUAGUCGACCUGGAUUCUAAGUUAACCACCAAGAUCCCUUACUACCACAAGCUAGAACAACUUAUCUCAGAAACUUAUAGUAGCAGAUAAGGAAAAAUAAUUCUAAGUUAGGCCAAUUUCUAUCACGUCAGUAUUAGCAGGAGUGUUUGAGGGAUUCCUUACCUGUUUUACUGAAGAUGUACACCAUGCUAUUGGUCCCCAACAGUUUGGGGACAUGCCCGGAACAUCAAUUGCCAUUACUUAAUCAGUCUCUUGGAUAAUGCUCAUCUGGGAAUCGACCGAUCUGGGAAGUAUGUUAAUUUAUGCAUGAUCGAUUUCAGCAAUGCUUUUGAUCAUAUCAACCAUGUCACAGCCAUGUCACAGCUCCAUACUUCCGACUAUUUGUAGUUUUCUGACGCAAAAAACACAAACUGAACGUUAUCGCGAGGCUACAUCAAAUCUUUCUCACCUCACUUGUGGUGUUUCUCAGGGAACUAAACUAGGACCCAUUAUUUUCCUGAUAAUAGUUAAUGAUGCUGCGUUGUCAACAGAACACUGCUGGAAAUAUACUGAUGAUCUAAGCCUUGUAGAGGUUGCCAAGAAGUUGAACCCUCCACAGUUACAAACACACAUUGAUUACCUUGUUGACUGGUGUGAAAUAAACGACAUGAGGCCAAAUCCAACAAAGUGCAGAACCAUGCUGAUCUCAUUCUUGUGCAAUGCACCGCCUGCCCUUCUGUUGGAGAUCAAUGGUGUUCAGCUUGAAGUGGUAUCUCACAUGAAAUUACGUGGUAUAACAAUCCAGAUGAUCUUAAAUGGGAUCAACGCAAUAAAACCAUCGUCAAAAAUGCAUCACGCAAACUAUAUGUACUGAGUAAACUGAAAAGGAACGGUGUCAACACUCAGGACUUGGUAUUGAUAUACAUGAUGUACAUUCGUCCGUGCCUUGAAUUUGGUAUACCCGUUUGGUCAUCAAGUUUAACUGUUGUCCAAGUAAACAGCAUUGAGCGGCUGCAGAGGAGAGUAUUGGGCGUUAUCACUGGUCCAUUUCCCGACAAAAUGUCUUAUGCUCAACUUCUGCAGUCGCUGGGUGUUGUCAGACUGUCUGAACGACCCUCUGUUCUUUGUGAAAAGUUUGCUAAAUCCCUGGUGAUCUCACACCGCCACCACCAUCUCUUGCCUGAAGCUAGACAAACCAUCUCACGGCACACUCUACGCAACUCUCUUCAGCUCAAUACUCCCAAAAUGAGAACAGAGUGUUACAAGCAGUCUCCCAUUCCCCACUUCACACAAAUCUUGAACUCAAAUCUGUUGUUAUUUCUACCCAAUAUUAUGACCAUAUUAUGUUCAGGUGUCUAGAUCAAGAUGUAAUUAGUUUCUUGUCAUACCAAUUAACCAGAUUUAAUCAGAUUUCAUAGUUUACUGAUAGGACUACUCUGUAAGUUAUCAUAAUUUGAAUAUUUUGUAUUAUUAUAUUUCUUGUGAUAAUCAUCUACAUAGAAAUAUGCUUCUAAAAGAAAAGAUUAAAAAAGGUUACUAAUUAAUUUGAAAGUGUAUGGACAAAAUUUAAUAUGACAUUUAGCAAAUGGUAAGAACAUAUUUAACUAUUUUAAUGUUUUAACUGAAUAAUUGAAAUAUGUAUUAUUUAACGAUUAUUUGAUAUUAGUUGUUUAGUUAAUUACAAUCAGUAAUUAAUAUAAAGAUUGCUAAAGGUAUUGAUUUCUUAUAAUCUUGUAUGUAUUUAUAAUUUGUAAACUGAAUUGUAUGACUCUCUGGACUUUUUAUUCAGCAUGUUUUUAUUUACAAUAAACCAGAAUUAAAGGAAUUGAAUUGAAAAAGUUACCAACCAAGAUCCCUUACUACCACAAACUAGAACAACCUUAUAUCAGAAAUUGUAACGAGGGCGGUCUGUGUGCGACGGCCUGAACCCUGAGGGCUCCCGCAUCAUAGAAGGUCUGUCCGUCGCUGAGCGAAAACUCGCUACUAUCACAAACUAGAACACUUUAUCUCAGAAACUUAUUAUAGCAGAUAAGGGAGAAUUCUAGGUCAUCAACCAAGAUUCUAUAUUAUCACAAACUAGAACACUUUAUAUCUGAAACUUAUUUUAGCAGAUGAGCGAGAGUCAAGAGACAGAGGCUGCUAUUAAAUACCUUGGAACCUUGUUAUAAAGAACACUGAUAUAACAAACUGUUAUUAUAACAAGGGGAAUUUUGCCAGUCCCAUAUAUUUGUAUUCUAUUGUCUUCAAUUGUCAUCUUCAUUUAGGUCCGUGGAUUAAGUCAAUAAUUUUCUUAGCACUUUACUUGGUUUUACUUGAUAAGUAAUAUACCUUGAUUCGUAUUCACAUCUCAUGUCAGUAUUAUACUGUAGAAAGCUGAUUUUAAGGCAAUAUAUUUACUGAUAAGCAUUGUGACCUCACGUUGUCAAUCCAAAAGAAUGUGCAUUAAUGUGUGGCAUGAAUACGCUAAUAUUAUUGUGCCAAAUGUCUACUUAACUAGGCCCUCCAAAAUAAACUUAAACUUAAUGUAAAAUACUGAGCCAAAUGCUUCAACUGAAUUCUAAAGUUGGCCAAUUAUUUUAUCAAAGACGAAAUUUGAGUGAAAUACUCAUAUUUCUGAUGCAAGUACUGAAUUGAAUACCGGCCCUGAUAUAGCAUGGUGUCAAUGAAAUGAGGUCAUUUCAUGAAUUCAAGGAUGAAGUGACACUGAAGUUGAAAAAAAAGUGUUGAAGACAAGGUUGAAGAAGCUACCAAAGUACUUUUUCAUAUCCGUCCCUUUGAUUUAUUUCUGGGCCAGUAUUCACGUGAAUACUUGAUGAAGUCAAGGUCUUAGUUACCUCAUUAUAGCCUUUAUUUCAGCUGAGUUAUGUGGACUGGCACAAGUUGUAUUCAGAUGGUAUCUAAGUUUUGUACUAUAGAAGUCAGCUUGCAACAAAAUUCAAGUGUGGCAUCACUAGACUAAGCCUUGUUAUAUUCUCAUCCUUGAGCUGACUCCAAAAUAACUUGCCUGGAAAGCAUUGUAUUGUUCUUGUGCUGCUUCAUUACCAAGUAAUAUAUUAAGUUUGUUUAAAUGUCUGAUAUGUAGUAUUCAGCUUUCUUAACCCCUAGCAGUUUAGUGUCCCCUUUUAGUGAUGUUUUGUUUUGAUUUGUUGAUCCAGAAUGCUCUGAAUUAAAGAUUGUACAUGCAUGAGCAAAAAGUGCA